AUGCUGCUGCAAACAUUACUGGCGUUCCUUCUACUUGAAGUGUCGCACGUGACUGCGACUCCAACACAAACAACCGCCUACCCAUUAAUAACAGAACCUCCCAGCCUUGAAGAUCGUGCCGUCACAUCUUUUCACACAAUUGUCAGCACUUCAUUCCCUCAGGGUCGGUGGUCAAUAGGAUACGGCAAGAUUGAAGGAAAGGAUGGCUUUUACACUGCCGCUUGUGUUGACGGUCAAUUCGCUCUGAGCGGCAUCUGGGCUGGCUGCGGCGAUCUGAUUUUCACUCGCUGUGUCGGCGCAACUGCAUUCGCCCGUAGUUCCACAGUGUCUUGUAUGGGGACGUGUCUGACGCACAAAAUCUUUGACUACAACGACAAAUCAUCAUCAACUCGGUUUAUUGCGUGUAAUUUUCCAGGGACGUAUGAUGGAAGCAUGACCCUCCUCAAGACACCCAUUGGAGAUGCUGCAGAGCCGACUUCUGGCGACGCUUCAACCAUGACGACCGCUACUGAGACAACAACAGCUUCGACGACGGAUUCUGCAGCAGGAACAGUCAGACCAGAGUUUAAAUUAUUGUUGAUAGCAGUUUUCCUUGUUUUCUGUUUGUAA